AUGUGUAGAUUUCUUGUCUACAAAGGCUCCAAGCCUAUCAUACUCUCCAAGCUCAUCACCGAACCAUCUCACAGCAUUCUGACCCAGUCCUACGACAGUCGUCUCCGUCUUGACAGCCGACGUCCGGUCAACGGAGAUGGGUUUGGGGUAGGCUGGUACACCGAGCCAGAGCUCGGCCCGGAUCCAUGUAUUUUCACUUCCACCUUGCCGGCAUGGAACUGUGUCAACCUGGAGCGGAUAGCACCCAAGACCGCGUCCAAUUUGAUAUUUGCUCAUGUUCGAGCGACUACCGAAGGCUCCUUGGCGGAGAACAACUGUCACCCGUUCCAGCACAAUACCCUGAUGUGGAUGCAUAAUGGAAAUGUCGGGGCGUGGAAGUAUGUCAAACGACCACUUGCUGCCAGUCUCGCGGACAAAUGGUUCCUUGGUGUGAAAGGUGGCACUGAUUCUGAGUGGGCAUUCGCCCUCUUCCUGGACACCUUGGAGCGGGAAGGAGUUGAUCCUAGCUCGGAACCUGAAGGCGGGUUUGAAACUAAGGUGCUUCGACGAGCCAUGAAGAAAACGAUUGCCAAGAUCAAUGCUUUUGUCAAAGCCGUCUCCACCGAACACCAGCUCGACGACGUCGAGACGAGAAGUUUGCUGAAUUUCGCUGUCACAGAUGGGCAUUCAGUCAUUGUGACGAGGUAUGUCAGCAGCAAGACCGACGCCGCUGCCAGCUUAUACUAUUCCUCCGGUACGGCCUGGGUGGAAGGAAAGACCAAAGGGCAGUUUAGAAUGGAACGGAGAGAUAAGGCAUCGGAUGUGGUUUUGGUCGCCAGCGAGCCCUUGACAUUUGAAAGGCAUAACUGGCUGUCCGUUCCUACGAACACGAUCGUGACAAUUUGCAACCAGACAGUUUAUGUGCGGCCAAUCAAGGACGAAUUUUACGACGAGGAUCCAUCGACGGAGCGCUCCACCGGCUUUGCGAGAUCCAAGGGAUUGGUAUCAAAGGCUCCAGGUGGUGGUACGGAAACUCCCACGACAAUGGCAGGAACACCAGUGCCCCGCAACGAAGUCGAGGCCGCCGCCGGUGGCUAUAUCGUCAAGGAAAAGCUAGCCGAUUUUCAUUCAAGAAUGGCCAACUUUCACCUACAGAAUGGAGCUAUCGUAAGCGGAAGAAAUGAGCCACUCCGGGCUUAG